GGCCCUACUCAGUGGCGACGACGACCUGGCUAUCCUUGCAUCACGGCUGGCUCAUCGUCGAGUGCUCGCCGCCGUCUUCUCGAAUCCCGAGACCUAUUUCUAACUGAAGAAGAGGUGGUGCCCCUUUGGCUGGCGAUCACAUGCAACACUCACAGUCAGCGGUGGAUUUUUCCAACCUGCUGAACCCCGAAUCUACCACGAGCAACAGCGAGGGCAACCCAGCUUCGCCACGGAAACUGAACCAGGACGGAGACGUCGAGAUGGCUACCGUUACCGUGAUCCGGCCCAACGGACCCCUGCCCGGCGGCCAGCCCGCUGAGAACACUAACGAACUACCGCGCCCUUACAAGUGCCCCCUCUGUGAUAAGGCCUUCCACCGGCUGGAGCACCAGACCAGACACAUCAGGACGCAUACGGGCGAGAAGCCGCAUGCCUGCCAAUUCCCGGGCUGCAGCAAGAAGUUCUCGCGUUCUGACGAGCUCACCCGGCACUCGAGGAUACACAACAACCCCAACUCCAGGAGAGGGAACAAGGCUGGCCAAGCCGCGCACCACAGCCUGGGCCAUGCGUUGACGCCGGACUCGAUGAUGCCCCCUCCGUCGAACCCAAGAUCCAUCAAGUCGGCCCCGACCUCGACGUUAGUGUCGCCUAACGUGUCGCCGCCGCACUCGUACUCUACGUACGGCAUCCCGCAUCCGGGACCUCUUCACCAUUACGGCCGGAAUCUGAGCGGCAAUGUCUCGCUGCCCGGUCACAGCAUGGACAUCGGCAUGUUGGCUAAUGCCACGAACCAGCUGGAGCGGGACAGUAGCGGCCUGAUGGCUCACCAUCACUCGGCGCGAUCUCACCCAUACUACUCCAACAGCCUGCACAGCUCGCGCGGCCACCUCCCCUCACUCUCCGCCUACCACAUGUCUAGGUCUCAUUCCAACGAUGAGCACGACGACCACUACUCUCACGCUCUCCGCCACGCAAAGCGGUCCAGACCAAACUCGCCCAACUCUACUGCGCCCUCGUCACCAACCUUCUCCCACGAUUCCCUGUCCCCUACCCCAGACCACACGCCCCUCGCGACGCCCGCCCACUCGCCGCGCCUCCGGCCGUACGCUGGCGUCGAGUUGCCGACGUUGCGCAAUCUGACCCUGGGCCACACUCCGGCCUUGGCGCCGAUGGAACCGCAUCUGGAAGGCGCAGGUUACCAGCAGACCCCUCCGUCUAAUAAGGGCACUCGGACCAGCGGACUGUCCCUGACAGACAUCAUUAGCCGGCCCGAUGGUAGUAGGAAACUCCCCGUUCCUCAAGUACCCAAGGUCGCAGUUCACGAUCUCCUGUCCAAUGACGGAUACAACACCAGCGGCCGAAGCUCGGCAAGCGGCAGUUUGGCAGGCGGCGAUCUGAUGGACCGGAUGUGAGCUGAGGGGAAGAGUUCAGUCCACACCGUCACAUCAGCUACAACGCGAACGACGACUAUUAAUUAUAGAGGUUCCAAUAGACGAGAGGCGGCGUUUCUAUGGCGACUUCUCCAGAGCAAGCGGCCGCUAUCCCCCCUCCGCCUGUUGAAUGCAACUACCACCAGCCGUGGUGGUAUGGAAGCAACUAUGGAACAAAUGGGAUAGCUGGAUG